CCCCCCCCCCGCUGGAUGUUUCAGUUAUAUUUCUACCUUUUGCUGCUGGUUGCUGAGUAGAAGAGAUAUAUGGUAGGGAUCAUGGAGUUUUCAAGUGGUUGAACUAUUAAGCUAAGUUUUCUGAAAGUUACGUUUUUUUUUUUUUCUUUUUUGGCUAGCAGAAACGAAGCAAAAACCAAACCCGGUUUCGUAUGUUUUGCCUCCCGGGACCUGUGAUCUGUAAGGAAGGAUCAGGAUGAGGAAGCCGAAAAUCUGCAGGCUGGUUUUGGCUACAUGUUUCGGUUCUUUUGUCCUUGUGAUUUUUUACUUUCAAAGUAACUCAAACCCAGCUGCAGAACAAGGACAUUUUUGGAACAGCUGGCAAGGGAAAGCUGGGAGAAGUCCACUCCACACCCUCUAUGACAGUGACCAGUUUGAGCUAUCGGCCAUCCAGGUGACCCACCAGAACCGGCGAGACCUGCUGGAAAGGACCUGCCAGGCCUACACAAGGAAAAGGAGAGUGCUGACCCCCGAUGACCUCAAACACCUCAUCGUGGACGACCGCCAUGGGCUACUGUACUGCUACGUUCCCAAGGUGGCCUGCACCAACUGGAAGCGCGUCCUGAUGGUGCUGACAGGUGAUGGCAAAUACCGGGACCCCCUGAAAAUCCCCGCCAAUGAGGCCCACGUCCCCUCAAACCUGCGCACACUCUCAGAGUACAGCACAUCCGAGAUCAACCACAGGCUGAGGAACUACCUCAAAUUCGCGUUCGUCCGAGAGCCGUUUGAGCGGCUGGUUUCGGCCUACCGCAACAAGUUCACCCGGAAGUACAACACGGCCUUCCACAAGCGUUACGGGACCAAGAUUGUCAAGCGACACCGGCCAGACCCCAGCGACGAGGCUCUGGAGCACGGGGACGACGUGUCUUUUGAGGAGUUUGUGUACUACCUGGUGGAUCCCCACACCCAGCGUGAGGAGCCCUUCAACGAGCACUGGGAGCGGGUGCACUCGCUCUGCCACCCCUGCAUCAUCCACUACGACAUGGUGGGCAAGUACGAGACUCUGGACGAGGACGCCCGCUACAUCCUGCAGCUGGCGGGGGUCAGCGAUAGAGUCCAGUUCCCUUCCUCCUCCAAGAGCACUAGAACUACGGACGACAUGACCGCACAGUUCUUCCACAAAAUCAGCCCCUUCUACCAGAAGAAACUCUAUAAUUUGUACAAAAUGGACUUCUUGCUGUUUAACUACUCCUUACCAACCUACUUGAACUUUCGAUGAGAAGCAUUGUCUUUUUUUUUAGUGUUUUAUUUUACCUAAUGAAUGAUAGGUAUUUGUGGUGGUGGUGUUGAUGGCUGUGUACUCUGAUGUUGAGGAAUUGUGACAUGCCUUCCUCAGAAACUGGAAGUUUUAAAAUGGUAACUUGCAGGAUGUUAAGACUCUAAAUAUAAAUAAUGUCAUUUGUGCAAUACGUCACAAACCUAUUGUUAUAGUAGUUUUAUUAAUUGAAUAAACACACACAAAAUAGACCAUGUAUAGUAUGUAAGAUGGGGAGCAUCUAACCCAAAAACAGACAUUAGCAGAGUAAAGAUGAAGUGUUCAUAUUGUGUGCCAUCCCAACACAUGUAGAACUUCAACAAAGGCUAUUUUUUUUUUUUUUUUUUUAUAAAGUAUCUAUGUGUAACAUUGCACACAGAAUAUAAUGCUGGAGGUUUACGUAGUUCUGCUCUGCGAGUUUGCAGAUGGCCCCUAAUGUACAUAUUUAUUUAAGGUCUACUUCCAUUCCAACAGAUUUAAUUUAUUACUAGUUACAUACUCUAAACUGCUCAUGAGCUUGAGUUGCAAAGACAUAUCAAGUUUAGCUGCACUGUGCACAAUAGUGUAGCCAGCUGUGCUUCUGUGAGGGGGGAAAUAGCAGCAGCAGCAGCAGCAGUUAGGUAUGAUGGAGAGACUAUUCAAGACAUUAGUUUUCCUGCACCAAAUAUGGACCAUUUUUGUGUUUGUGUGUGUGUAUAUAUAUAAGAUUAAAUUAGAUGCCAUGCUGGAUGCUUCAUCAGCAGUUAGUGAGGGUAAAUGUACAUACCGAGUAGCUUACCUACAUCAGAGGAGGCAGUAGAAUGAUUUUAGUGUUUUUAAGGAGACCAGCUUUUCUGUUUUAUUGUCUGUUAUACUGUGGCAAGUACAGUACUAGAUUUUUAAAAAAAAAUCUUUGUAGACCGUGUUGCUGGCAGGACAUAAGAGUUUAUUUUGUUAGCCCUUGCUGGAAUGUGCAUUAGGAACUAUACAUCAACAGCAGAUCUAGUCCUUAAAUAUUUGCCAGGAAGAUGUUAUAUUUUACUGUACAAUGUAUACAUGCAAGUUAUGAAACAAAUGGAAAAGAUUACAACCUUCACAAGCUGUCUUGUUCCUAACGUUUCAUUUCUUAUAUUGAAUAUCAUAUUGUGUGGUCUGUACUCUUCUCGUUGUUUCUGCUUAGAUCAUAAUUUGCCAUGCUUACUUAAUAUUCCAGCUUCUGUAUGAGGAACCAUAUUGGUGUUGCACACUAGGAGGAAGACUAUUUGUGUUGCACGCUAUUAUCCUUCCCCACCUCGCAUUGCCUUUUUAGAAGAUUUGUUUGCUGGAAUAGUUAGUAAGCAUGACAGUCUAACCCGAAACAUCUGCAGAGAAUUUGACUGAAUAAACCAAUAGGAGAUUUAUACUAGUGAGAUGACAUUUUAAGAAAACGUACCAUAGAGUGUGGUAGUUUCCUUUUCAUUUUUUUAAUCAGAUCUCAGUUAAACUGAGUAUUGUUCAUAAACACGCUUACAUAGCUGUGUCUGGAUAGAGGGCUGUUUUCCAGGAUGUUAUUACAAAGUCAGUGGCUGAGCUGCAAUUUGAAAUGAGAAUAUUCAUGUGAUUACUAGUUUAAAAGUACAAGGUGUCUUUGUGUAAUUACUUCUUCAAUUUUUUUUCAGUUGUGUUUUUUAUUAUUCAAAAGUCAAAGUGCACAGACAGCUAGUUUUAUUUUUUGCUUUUUACUCCAAUAAGGUUAGUUUUAAAGACUUGUGAAGGAUGUUUGUUAUUAAAGACAGGGCUGUUUUAGCAGACAGAUACCUAUCUUCAGGAGGCUCCAGAUACAGUGACUCUCACUCGUCAAGCCAGUCUGUCCUUUCUAUAUGAUCAACAUAAAGAAAUGUUCUAGUGACUGCCUGGAAUUUACAUUGACAAAGUAAGAUUUAAUAAUAUUGCAAUGGAGGGUGCAAUAUGUGUUACGUCUUGCUCUGGUUCUAUGGUUUUUGUACAGCCUUAGCUAAAUGAACUCUAGUCAUCAGCAAAUGCAAGUACAACACAUUUUGAUGGUGUGUCAUCCUGCAGCAUUUUUUCACGUCAACCAUACAGUGUGUGUGUCUCACACAUAUAAUACUGCAUACAAUUCAGCAUUCAAAAUAAAAAGUUUACUGCAAUUCUAGGCUUAAGGCCAUUCAUCCAUUUUCUUAUCCAAUUUGUAUAUAUCGAUAACACCACUUCAGUCAUCUUUGGUCUGAAUAUUCAAUGUGCAAUAAACUUGACUCACAACAUCAUGGAUAACGGAUUGUUAAUGAUGGAUUGGUGUGCAAUGGCCUUUUUAUACAUUUCGAUUAAUGAUAAAGUGUUCACUUUGGGAAAAGGGGUGUGUGUGAGAUACAUUAUAGAUCCAGGAGAGACAGAGAAAUACUAUUUCCUUUGGAAUGCUGUGCCAUGUUACGGAUAGGAUUAUAUUUAUUGAACAAGGAUGCUGUGAAUUUCAAACGUUUCAGAAAUGAUGGUUUAGAGACAGUUGAAACAAGUUAAAAUACUGCUAUUUUAUGUAUUAAUUUACAAAUGUAAAAAAAAAAAAAAAAAAAAAAGACACUCUGACCUGUUUACAAACAGAGUCAAGAUACUUGGAUUUAUAUAUUGGUGAAUUCCGUGAUGUAAUCUACAGUGCCAAGAAUCAGCAGGGGUUCUCAAACCUGGUCCUGGGAGCCAAGUCUGCUGGUUUUCAUUCCAACUGAGCUCUCAGUUACUUAACUAGACCCUUAAUAGAACUAAUUACUUAACUUAAUUGAACAGCAGACACAUGGGGUCCCCAGGACUGAGAUUGAGAAGCCCUGCCCUACAGUAUACAGUUGAUGCAGGCCACAGUGACUUGACACAUGUGGUUAAUUAUGAUCUUUUUAAUUAUAUUCAUUUGUGUGUAAUUGUUUAUUGAAAAAUCACUGGACGUUAAUAGUAUUUGUAUUGAUGUUGUUCUAAUUUAAAUAAUACAGGUACUUGUCUUAAAGUUGUGUUCCAGUGAUUCCAAGCAUGAAUUCAGUUGAAAAAAUGAAAUCGGUUGGAGCAAACUCUACUUCAUAACACAGAGGGAGGUCUCUAGUCACAUAAUUGUAAAACAAAUAAAAAUGUGCCCUUUUUAUGAAAAAGAAGUAAUGAAAGAGUGUAUUUUUAAAAGAAAGUUAAAAUGGUUUAUGUCUUGGACUUUUUAAUAAAACCUAUUAAAACUCUCAAGUGUCUAGUAAAACAUAUAUUGACACCCCUGCCCCCACCCAAGUGUCCAGUAAUUUCCAUUUGGCAAUGUAGAUUCAAUCCAAUUAAACAAUAAUUCUCCAUUGAGCAGGCAGUUUCAGCCAAAUAAUUGACAGAGGCGUCAGUAAAGCAGCCAGUUUUUCAGUAAGGAUAGUUUUAACUACAGGCACUGAUUCCUCCCUUAAGUGUUUUCUACCUGCACACAAUGUGUGUUUGUUCCAGUAAUAUUUUUAGAUUUUAGAGAAACCACCAACAACAUACAGCUUAUGUUUUCAACACUGGGCUUUUUUUACAGCCCCCCCUUGUUAUGUUUGUUGGUUGUUAUUAAUAUCUAUUAUGUUUAUGACAAGUCUGAUAAGAUUUUAUCAAGUCAAAACAACUGAAAUUGUACUGUAUUCACUUAUCAAAUCUCAGUUGCGUUAGAGGAGUUUAUCAAGCCAAUGUAUUAUGUGAUUAAAACAGUAAUGAAGAGACAAGGAAAUCCAUUGUUGGUUGGAAUCGAGGUCUUUUAAACCAGUUAGAAUUAUUUGUACAGGAAAGUCUGUAAGAUAGAUGGGGGUUUUGCUUACAAUUGAUGGACAAAAAUGAAUAUUUACUAUAGAAAUUGUUUUGCCUUUUAAUAUAACUAGUAUAGGGUAUAUUUCCAAUUAGCGUGGCUGUUGCCUCAUUUUUCUUAUCAAAUCCUAUGUAGGCCCACUUAAACAACUUCAGCCUUUUAGUAUGUUUAUGGCAUGUGCUAAAUAUUAAAAUAUUCUUUAAAGAGUGCUCACAUUUUAAUAUAAUAAU